AUGGCCUCUGCCCCUCACUUUUCUAUGGCUACUCCCGAACCCGACAAAGAGGCAGGCACUCCGAAGCUUGUGCAGGAGACGGAGGGAGAUACCACGGGUCCUGAGGAGGAAAUAGGUAUCCCUGGACCCAAGCAGGAGAUGUAUGAAGCCGCCCUUGCACUCAAGAAAGUAGAUUUUUUCACGAUCGACUGGCCUGAGGGUAGGGUGCCUACUCAUCUGAAUAAGGAGUAUGCGAGUUUUCUUCUUUGUGAUGUAGCUCACCAUCUUGAAGCAAAGCCUCACAACAAGAUCAGCAAGUACUUUCAGUUUGACAAAAUCUAUAAACAAAAAUGCGAACGCCAGAUCCCGGAGGAGGAGUGGGCCUUGUAUCUCGAGAAGAUAGGGAAGCGAAUGAACCAACUCAAAGAACAAGGGUACAGGAACCAGUUCGCGCUUUCAAAGGGUGUACUCGCCAUCUCCACCUCCAAUUCUAACCUGCAGGCUAGCGCGCAGGCUGCCAAGGACAUUGUCGAGGACACCCUGGAUGCUUUUGGAGAUGUGGAAAACUGCGCCAUCCUUGUCAAAGGCCUCAAGAACCACCUACAGACGCACCUCAAUGUCAUUGAGGAGCUCCGCGAAGACUGGUGGGGCCCGCAAGAUGAUGACCCACUCCGACAAGUGUCCCUGGCCAGUUGGAUCCACUCCAUCGCCUGCUACACCCAGGUCCUUGAUCUCCUCGCAUGCAGCACUGCUCACCUGGUUGUGGCGUAUGAUGAAGAGGCGUUAAUAUUCCAGGGUCGUAGUGUCAACAUGGACGAGUUCCACAACCAGUUUGGGUUUGAUCACAACUCCUUUGCCCCCCCCAUCGACUUCUUAAACUACUGGUUAUACGUCGUAUUCUACCGCUGCUCGUAUAUAGAGACGUUCUACCAGUAG